AAACAAUUUUAAUAUAUACUUAUGUCAAAAAGGUUAUAAUUUAUACACUUAGAAUUUUUGAUACCGAAAAUAAUAGUAAUAUUUUUAAUACUUGCACCGAAAUGAACUUUUCCUUAUUUAAGACGCUUGCUCGAAGAACAUUUACAAUAUGCCUACACACAAAGAACAGUACUGCAGCCUCUGUGACAUCAAAAACAAAGUCAUUUCAUACAACGGCCGAGAGGAAAGAUUUGAUGGAAUUCUUUGAUAUUAAAAAGAAUUGGAAUGAAACUAAUAUAAAGGUUGGUAGAGCCUGGAGGCUUGACGAAUUACGGAUUAAAUCCAAUACCGAUUUACAUAAAUUAUGGUACAUUCUGCUAAAGGAACGCAACAUGCUGUAUACUAUGGAACACGAAUGUAAUGAAAAUGUACGUUUGUUUCCAAAUCCCGAAAGAAUUGACAAAGUCCAAGAGUCAAUGAAUAAUAUUGAAACAGUGGUGAGGGAGAGAAAUAUAGCAUAUUAUAAGUUAGAGACAGGUGAGACUGGUGAGCGACCAACUGAUGAUGUUGUUAAUGCUUUUGGAUUAAGAGAGAAAUAUCAGCAAAAAGAGUAUUAUUUACCUAAAUUUAUGAAUACGAGAUGGGUGCGACCAUAUCUAGAGCAUGGAUAUAUCAAUAGUGUAGCUGUCAAAAAAUUCUUAAGGCUUUAUAAUGAGAAAAAGUAUAAUGAGGAGAGGAAAGCACGUAAUAGAAAUUACAACCAUGUUCAACAGCUGCUUAAGCGAUUUCCCAAUAUGGAUAUGGAUGUUUUAAAAGCAGAAUAUCCAGGUGUAGAUAUUGAAAAGGCAAAAAGGACAAGGAAAGCCAGAGGUCAUUAUUUUCCUAAAUACUAAUUCAAUAUUUGUAAAAUGUAACAAUUUACUGAGAAGUUAGCAUUUAAGUAUUAUGAAAAUAAAAAAUGUAAAAGUG